CGAGAAGCGCCUUCCAUCAAAUCGGAGUCGUCGCGCUUUGCUGCAGUUUAUCGAGCCCUUUUGAUCAUGGCGUUGAACACCGGACUCAGAUCUGUCUCGCGGAUCUUAGCUUCUCCUGUAUCACCCAUCUCCAGAUCUGUUGGCAGAAACUUCCAUUCAACAGGAGUGAAGAGGAUGGGGGGAGGACAUGGGCAUGAUGAGCCAUACUACCUUCAUGCGAAGCAUAUGUACAACUUAGACAGGAUGAAGCAUCAGGGCCUCAAGAUGUCUCUCGCUGUUUUCACGGCUUUCAGCAUCGGUGUGGCAGUUCCUGUCUAUGCUGUCAUCUUCCAGCAGAAGAAGACUGCCUCUGCUUGAUCCCCUGAAUCUGAUAUUAUUACAGCAUCUCCUCUUGGGUUGGAAUAAUAUGUAUGAACUCCUAAACAAUUUGCUUUCCGGAUCAUAGCUACCAAUCGUUUUUCUGGUUUUCUACUUCCUCAGUUACUGGCUCUCUGUUUUCUGUCAGAAUAUUGGUCCUUUUGUUAUGGGGAAUUCCCUCUUCUUUUUAUGUGGAAAAGAAAAGAUCAGCAGCGUGGGUGUUGUAAACAAA